CUAUAUGAUUAGUCAGUUCCCGCUUUCUAUUCAUCGAGAAUAUCGAAUUUACUUCCAUUUGUGUAGCGCAUUCAGUAGUUUCGUACCAUCUGGAGAAGAACGAGGACGCCUGUGGUGCAAAAUGUGACGGUUUUCGCGGACGAAAUCGAAUACAAAAAUGGGAGUGAUGAAAUGUUUCGUGAUUUGGUUUUUCUUCGAAUUAGUUGCUUCUCUGGAACUGAAAAGUUAUAUUUCGGAUCAUGGUCUCCACGGUACCAUUUCAUUUACCAAAGUCGGCACCCAAAUCAAAAUAACAACGGAUCUAAACGCGACCCUUGAGUACCCCAAUCAAGUAUGGUCGUGGUCUGUGGUGGAGUUCCCCGUGGACUACACGGAACUAGAAAAUCGAUGCCAAAGCAACAAGCUGGGAAAAAAAUUAGUCAAUUUGGACGACAUCUACGGGUACUUGAUGCUCCCUGAUAAUAGUACCUCCGAGUUCGUAACUUCUGAUCUCAAAAUCAACGGCGAUUCAGGAAUUUAUGGCAAAUCUCUUCUGCUAACAGAAACUGAAACAAAAAAACGCAUAUGUGCGACCAUCACCAUGGUGGACAAAACCCAAGAAAAAAUCGCUGUGGCGAGAUUCAACUCACCCGUUUCUGGUAACGUUCACUUUAGGUGGUUCUCAACGAAGGACAACCACAACGAUAUGUUGAUCACUGCGGAUUUAUACCAAGUCGCUAAUAAAGAAAACACCAGUGAAAGUGUACCGUUUACGGAACACGUGUGGAAAAUCUACGCCACGGAUAUUCUCGACGCGGAGAAAGAUCGUCCCGAUUGCAAUAUCCUCCAAUUAGUGUACGAUCCGGAUAACGCAGGGAAGGGCAAGGCGUUGGGUGAUAUUGAUUCGCGACUUGGCAAAGUCAAAAUCUCGACUGAUUACACCCAAAAUAGAUACAAGACUUUGUUAAGAGACGACCAAUUAAUCCUGUUGCCGAGUGAUUUGUCCGGCCCUCAGAGAAGGCUCUAUUUGGUGAUCUUCGAACGUAAACACGAAGACGCCUUUUUAGCCUGCGCCAAAAUUAGAUAUGACCAUCCCACUAACGCCAAGGUGGUUAUACAAUCCGGUGGAAUCAAAGGGGAUGUCACUCUUACUCAGUACAGCAGGUUUGAACCCACUUUUAUCAAUUUUAACUUUACCACAGCCAGAGGAGAUUUGGAAACUCGACUAGUGUAUAGUUCGUCAGUGGCCGGUUACAGAAUUCACGAAUUGCCCAUCAAACCCUCAAAAACUGUAGGCCAAAACGAAAAUUCGUGCCUGACCACGAAGUUCAUCUACAAUCCGUUGAAAACCGACUAUAACAACAUCCCCCCAAAUGGAUUAGGUACUCAAAAUCAGUACCCACUGGGUGACCUUUCUGGGAAACUAUUAGGGCGCAACAACGCGACAGUUUUAGUGGAAGGAGGACAAGAACUUAGUGGCUUAUAUUGGGACACUUUUCUACCAGUUCAAGGAAAAUAUUCCAUUAUUCACCGCUCGCUCGUCAUCUACAAAAACACGCAAUAUCCAGAAACCGGUAUCCUUCCAGAACCAUGGAUUUGCGGCAGCAUCAGCCUCUACGAACCCAACUUUCUCUACCAAAAACCAAUUUUCACCGCCCAGGUCAUCUUUCGCUACCCCACAGUCGGACGAAUGAUCAUGCGACAAGUCAAAGACGAACCUUGGAGUGAUACCUCGAUUCUGAUCGAGUAUUUAGUGCAUGCAGAUGGUGCUACUUUGAACAACUCAGCAAACCAUAGAUGGGCUAUUCAUGAUCUACCACCAGGCAAAGAUUUCUACAGUUGGAAGGAGCGUUGUCUGAGUACUGGCGCUAUUUACAACCCUUAUCAGAUCGAUUUUGAGAACACUACGAACGAUAUUCCUUGCAGUACCGAGUCGAUUGGGUUAUGUCGUGUUGGUGAUCUGUCCACGAGGCUUGGAACGAUCGAAAUUUCGGGGAAAAUUGUUGAUAGUGACAGAAUUUCUAGGAAAAUGUGGACUGACUCUUUUUUGCCGUUAACGGGACAUCACAGUGUUUUGGGAAAGUCGUUGGUGUUGUUUGAUGAUUUUGGGCCGAAAGCUAGAGGUGAACGUUUGGCUUGUUCAAUAAUUGGUGGUGUGUAUAGACGUAAAGCUGUCGCUAAAGAGUGGUUUCCAAAUGGAAACCCGAUUUCAGUAAGCGGGAAGAUUGAGUUUUAUCAGCAGACUGAGUAUGAUAUAACUAACGUUGAGGUGAAUCUGCAAGGACUGGUGGACAAUAGUGGAUACCACAUUCAUAUAACACCUGUAGAGGAAAAUCUCGAGUUUCCUUGCGAAGCCUCAACAUUGUAUGAUCACUGGAAUCCUCUAAAUGUUGAUCCCGCGUCAUCCCCUCGAACAUAUCACGGUACUCCAGAUCAGUACGAAAUGGGUGAUCUAAGCGGAAAAUUUGGCGCUCUUGAUAACCAAACGAUAUACAAAGAUUACUACAAUGAUACCAUGUUACCACUAUUUGGGCCCCGAAGUAUCCUCGGACGUUCAAUUCUUAUCCACAAAACGGAUAAGUCACGAUGGGCUUGCUCUACCAUUGAGCGAGGCUACAGUCCUUCAGAAGCCCGAGAAUUGCGCGCAAUUGCUUCCUUCCAUCACCCAUCAGGGUACGCUUAUGGCUACAUGAAAAUGAGACAACUAAUUUAUAACGACGGUAGUAAAAGCGACACCACUAUUGAAGUCAAACUAAGGUAUCCAGGCAAGAAUGAUCGCAAUAUUACCAGAGACCAUGACUGGGCAAUUUAUGUUAAUCCCGUGGGUGUGGACGCGGCAGUAAAGACCCAAAACACUCGAUGUGUGGCCGGGGGUUAUAUCUGGAACCCUUUUUUCACACAGCUUGCGGACCCCCUCAAUGGGGAGCUUUAUAGACAAGAAUGCGGCCCUGAAAACCCCCUGCGGUGUCACGUGGGUGAUCUUUCCGCCAGACUGGGCACCAUAGACAUCGGUCUUCGCCGUAAAGUUUUCACCGAUUCAAAUUUCCCGCUUGAAGGUGAGGUUACUGCAAUUGGCCGCUCUAUCGUGAUUUUGAGCCCGAAUCGACAACCCGAGCGUUACGCUUGCGCAAAUAUUGAACCCGAUUAUGAUAUUAUAAAAUAUGCCAAUAUUGAAAAGCCGCCGCGGUUUGUUGUGGCACAAUUUAUCGAAGACAUUCGAUCAAUUCUGGGAAUUCCCGACUGGUUUUUGACUGUGGAUUCCAGAAAAACCAAAACUUUGCACACAAAUGCGUGCGUGCAGUUAUUGUUACAUUUUAAGGGUCCUUUAGCUAAUCGGCUGGAACAAGAUUUCAGCAGAUUGCUUGCUUCAGGGCGUUUGGAUGCGCCAACUUUGUACAUUCCAGGUUAUAUAAAUACGAAAAGAAAGAGUAAAGUUUCUUAUAAACCGUGCAGUGUGAAUGACCCUAAUGACAAAAGUAAAAAGAAAAGUCUGUUUUUCUUUGGUAGCAGUGAUGGAAGUAACACAGCGAAAUUUACCAACAGUCUGAUAAUACUCUUAGUUUGUAGUUAUUUAUUUCUAUAAAAGUUUUGUCAAAAAUAAAUGGAAUGGUUCCUAAUAAAGUAAUAUAUUAUUUCUACGAUUA